UUCUCAGCUUCCUGCUUCCUCUCUUGUUCCCUCUCUUUCUCUCUGUGUUUAACUUGAAGAGCAAAUCAAUCAUGGCUGACAUCCUUACUGAGGAACAGAUCGUCGAAUUUCAAGAAGCUUUUAGUCUGUUUGAUAAAGAUGGAGAUGGUUGCAUCACCAUAGAGGAAUUGGCAACAGUGAUUCGAUCACUGGAUCAAAACCCAACUGAACAAGAGCUCCAUGACAUGAUAAGUGAUGUUGAUGUGGAUGGAAAUGGAACUAUAGAGUUUACAGAGUUCUUGACUCUCAUGGCCAGAAAAAUGAAGGAAACAGAUGCAGAGGAAGAACUUAAAGAAGCCUUCAAAGUAUUUGACAAGGAUCAGAACGGCUAUAUUUCAGCUAAUGAGCUGAGGCAUGUUAUGAUCAAUCUUGGUGAGAAACUAACAGAUGAAGAAGUAGAGCAGAUGAUUAAAGAAGCUGACUUGGAUGGUGAUGGUCAGGUUAAUUAUGAAGAAUUUGUUAAGAUGAUGAUGACAGUUUAAGGAUUAAUUUCAUU